GCCCCAGCGCGGCUUUUAAGCGCUAUAAAGUUCCUCUUUCCCAUCUCGCGCUCUUAGUUUCACCACUUGCACUUGGGACAGGCCGCUGCCCUCAGCUUCGAGUCCUGGGUGAGGCGGAGCGAGUGCGGGGCACGCGGGCAUGAACCUGGACGGCGGCGGCCGCGGCGGAGAGUUCGGCAUGAGCGCGGUGAGCUGCGGCAACGGGAAGCUGCGCCAGUGGCUGAUCGACCAGAUCGACAGCGGCAAGUACCCGGGGCUGGUGUGGGAGAACGAGGAGAAGAGCAUCUUCCGCAUCCCCUGGAAGCACGCGGGCAAGCAGGACUACAACCGCGAGGAGGACGCCGCGCUCUUCAAGGCUUGGGCAUUAUUUAAAGGAAAGUUUCGAGAAGGCAUCGAUAAGCCAGACCCCCCUACCUGGAAGACGCGUCUAAGAUGUGCUUUGAACAAGAGCAAUGACUUUGAGGAAUUAGUUGAGAGGAGCCAGCUGGACAUCUCGGACCCGUACAAAGUGUACAGAAUUGUUCCCGAGGGAGCCAAAAAAGGAGCAAAGCAGCUCACCCUGGAGGACCCACAGAUGACCAUGAAUCACCCCUACCCCAUGGCGGCUCCUUACCCCCCACUCCCGGCCCAGCAGGUUCAUAACUACGUGAUGCCACCCCUCGACCGAAGCUGGAGGGAUUACGUCCCUGAUCAACCACACCCUGAAAUCCCGUACCAAUGUCCCGUGACGUUUGGACACCGUGGCCACCACUGGCAAGGCCCAGCUUGUGAAAAUGGUUGCCAGGUGACAGGAACCUUUUAUGCUUGUGCCCCACCUGAGUCCCAGGCUCCCGGAAUCCCCACAGAGCCAAGCAUAAGGUCUGCUGAAGCCUUGGCGCUCUCAGACUGCCGGCUGCACAUCUGCCUGUACUACCGGGAAAUCCUGGUGAAGGAGCUGACCACGUCCAGCCCGGAGGGCUGCCGGAUCUCCCACGGACACACUUACGAUGCCAGCAACCUGGACCAGGUGCUGUUCCCCUACCCUGAGGACAAUGGCCAGAGGAAAAACAUCGAGAAACUGCUGAGCCACCUGGAGAGGGGUGUGGUCCUGUGGAUGGCCCCCGACGGGCUUUAUGCCAAAAGACUGUGCCAGAGCAGGAUCUACUGGGAUGGGCCCCUGGCCCUGUGCAGCGACCGGCCCAACAAACUGGAGAGAGACCAGACCUGCAAGCUCUUUGACACCCAGCAGUUUUUGUCAGAGCUGCAAGCAUUUGCCCACCACAGCCGCCCCCUGCCAAGAUUCCAGGUGACGCUGUGCUUCGGGGAGGAGUUUCCAGACCCCCAGAGGCAACGGAAGCUCAUCACGGCUCAUGUGGAGCCUCUGCUCGCCAGACAACUGUAUUAUUUUGCUCAACAAAACAGUGGACAUUUCCUGAGGGGCUAUGACAUGCCCGAACACAUUAGCAGUCCGGAGGAUUACCACAGAUCUAUCCGUCACUCCUCCAUUCAAGAAUGAAAAAUGGAAAGACAAGUGAUUUUGUUUCAUUGUAAAUAUUUGACUUUAAUGAGGAUAGACCCAGUCUUGCCCACAUCUUGCCCACAUCUUUUUCUCUUGAGGAAAUCAGAAAUGGGGCUUCGGUUCAGCAGUUGAGCAUCACAGCAAGAGUGUGUGUAGGAAAUUGGCUGAUUAAAGGACGAGCACAUUCCCAAAAGGAGGAUGGUCUUCCCGGUCUUCCCAAGACAAUGAUUUCAGUGUUCUGUAGACUGCUGUCAUCCACGAUAACUGUGAAAAUUGACCAAGUGGUGUGUUUACAUUUACUUAAACUGCCCUUUUUAAUUUGGUGUAGAUCAGUUCUUGCUUGGAGUAAGAAAACUUGUGUUUCAGGAUUGGCCACUGACUAGAGUGAUAAAAGCACUCAGAUGGUGUUGUACCAUUUCUCAGGGAAGUAAAGUCUAAAUUGGAGACAACUCUGCCCACAAAGAAAUGUAUUAAUGUAUGUAGGAGCUGUAGUUUUUGUGGAAAAUGCUUGCUGAGUGAAGGAAACUGAAUCUUUGACUGAGGUCCAGCCAUAAUGCCUGUGCACCUGCCGGGGUCUCCUGCUCGUCCACCUGGCCUUCCAUGUGCACCUCUCCUUGGUCUCUCCCAGAAGCCAGUUGGGUAGACUCUUACUAUUUUCUUGAGGCAAAAAGUAUUAUGGCCACUCUUGGAUGGGACAUUUUUGUCUGUCCUACAAUCCAGUGAUGUUUGAGAAAUGGUUAAGAUUUUUUUAUGUCACAGUAUUAUGGGCUACAAAAGUUUCAGUUACAUAUAUUGCUUUUGCACCACCUGACAAGCAUGCCCAUCUCCCAAAGAGCACACAGUGGGUCCGUUAGGUGUGGAUUUCCCAGCCUCUCCCUGCUCCCACCUGCCUGACACUCUAUCAUAUGUGCACAUAAGUGUUGAA